GGCAUCGUGUCUAUGAUGUACAUAUUUUCCAAUCCAAUAACGUUCUUGGAUUGUCCCUCUACGGACCUCUUUGGUGAAACUUUCUAUUUCAAUCCCAGAUGGACCUAUCAGGCCUCACUGGAACUCUUCUCCACCCUGGGCAGAUUCAUCCCUAACUACAAAUGUGAUAAUGUCAACAAUCCAGUUGCUGUCAUUGGAGGGCCCACCUCUGAAGUUUGUCUCCACAUGGCAGACAUCCUGUGCGUCUACAAAAUCCCACAGCUUAUAUAUGGCUCUGCUCCAGUGACCAAGCAGAAAACCCAGACUGUUUUCUACCACCAGAUGUUCCCAGAUGUGGAUCAUCACUAUAAAGGGAUUCUCCAAUUACUGCUGCAUUUCAGGUGGACAUGGGUUGGGGUGUUGUCUGUGAGCGAUGCCAAUGGAGAGACAUUUGUAAGCAACAUAGUUCCCCAGUUUGUCAAGAGAGGUAUUUGCUUUGAUUUCAUUGAAAGAUUCCCAGUAAUGACUAACUCCAAUGACAUUGCUGUCAUAGUGUCAGAAGGGAUGGAAACAAGCAAUAUUGUGAAGAGAAGCACUGCUGAUGCAGUGAUCAUUCAGGGGGAAAUCGAUACCAUGAUAAUUCUGAGAAUGUUUCACGAGUAUUCACAACAUGAGGACACAUCAAUAAAAGGAAGAGAUAAAGUCUGGAUUAUGACAACUCAGAUGGAUUUCACAUCAGUUCCCUUCCAAAGGACUUGGGACAUAGGCUUAUUCCAUGGUUCAAUAGUCUUUGCUGUCCACUCAAAGGAAGUGUCAGCUUUCCAGAAAUUUCUCCAGAUGAGAAACCCUACUUCAGACAAAGAAUAUGACUUUAUCAAGGUAUUUUGGGAAGAAGCAUUUGAAUGUUUUUUCCCGAGACCUAUGGUCAACAGGCAGGAAGGUGAGAUCUGCAGUGGGAAGGAGAAGCUGGAGACUCUGCCUGCCUCUGUUUUUGAAAUGAGCAUGACAGGCCACAGCUACAGUGUUUACACCGCUGUCUUUGCUGUGGCACAUGCAUUGCACGCCAUGCUUUCAUCGAGGUUCAAGCACAGAGCAAUGGUGCAUGAAGGAAGAAUGAAGCUUCUGAGUCAACCGCUGUGGAAGCUCAACCACUUUGUAAGAAGCGCCUCAUUUAACAGCAGUUCUGGUGAAACAAUUUCCUUCAAUAAAAAUGGAGAGUUAGAAACAGGAUUUGAUAUCAUCAACUGGGUGACAUUCCCAAACCAGUCCUUUCUGAGAACCAGGGUUGGAAAGAUAGACCCCAUGGCACCACGGGAAGAAACAUUCACCAUUUCUGAGAAUGCUAUUGUGUGGCCCAGGAGCUUUAAUCAGGCACAGCCCCUUUCUGUGUGCAAUGACAAUUGUCACCCGGGGUAUCAGAAGGCCAAGAAGGAAGGGAAGCCAUUUUGCUGCUAUGAUUGCAUUCCAUGUCUGGAGGGGAAGAUCUCAAACCAGAAGGACACAGAGAACUGUUUCCAGUGUCCAGAAGAUCAGUUUCCAAAUGACGACCAGGAUUCAUGUAUUCCAAAAUACAUAACCUUCCUAAAGUAUGAAGAACCUUUGGGAAUCGCUUUGACCGGUUCUGCUCUUUCCUUGUCUUUCAUCACAGUUUUGGUGCUGGGAAUCUUCAUUAAGCAUUGGGACACUCCCAUAGUCAAAGCCAACAACCGGAGCCUCACCUACGUUCUCCUUCUUUCCCUCCUGCUCUCCUUCCUUUGUGUUUUGCUAUUCAUUGGCCAGCCUGAAAGUCUUACCUGUCUUCUUCAGCAAACCGCAUUUGGCAUAAUCUUUUCCGUGGCAAUUUCUUGUGUGUUGGCCAAAACCAUCAUUGUAGUUCUGGCUUUCAUGGCCACCAAACCAGGGAGCAGGAUGAGGAUGUGGGCAGGAAAAAGACUGUCCAUUUCCAUUGUUCUUUCCUGCUCUCUUAUACAAGUGGCCAUGUGCAUUGUGUGGCUGGCAAUAUCCCCUCCAUUCCCAGAUUUAGACAUGCAUUCAGUGACCAAAGAGAUUGUAUUGCAAUGUAAUGAAGGAUCAUCCUUCAUGUUCUAUUGUGCUCUGGGCUUUAUGGGCUUCCUGGCCAUUUCCAGCCUCAUCAUGGCAUUCCUAGCCCGGAAGUUGCCCGACAGUUUUAAUGAAGCCAAGUUCAUCACCUUCAGCAUGUUGGUCUUUUGUAGCGUUUGGCUUUCCUUUGUCCCAACGUACUUGAGUACCAAAGGAAAAUACAUGGUGGCUGUCAAGAUCUUCUCCAUCUUGGCCUCCGGCUUUGGGAUACUUGGCUGCAUAUUUUUCCCAAAAUGUUAUAUCAUUAUACUGAGGCCUGAGUUGAAUAACAAGGAGCAGUUAAGAAGAAGGAAUCAUUGA